AUGGAGAGAGGUCUCAUUAUUGGAAUUGUUUUUAAUUUAGUCUGGCCAGUACCGGUAAAUUGCGGGUUUCAGUUGAAGAAUGUGAAUUGUGAGUCCUUUGACACUUCGUAUUGGGAUUUCCACCGCUGUGAAAUGAAGAUUGUUCGACGAGGAGUGGCCGCUUUUUAUAUGUUCUGGAAGAUUUAUAAACUACCAAUCAACAAUGCAAUUAUCAACGUAUCGCUAUACAAGAAAUCGAACGGAUAUCGGCCGUUUCUCUUCAAUCAGUCCGUGGAUUUUUGUUACUACAUGCGAAAUCCACAAGCCCAUCCAUUGAUGUCAAUGCUUCACAAAGCAUUCAUGCCUGCAUCCAACAUAAAUCAUUCGUGUCCUUAUAAUCAUGAUUUGAUAAUCAACGACUUUAUUUACAACAAGAACGACUUUAAGGAUCUUCCCAUACCCAAUGGUGAAUAUAUGAUUGAAGCUAAAUUUGCAAGUUACAAAGUUCAUCGUGCAUUAAUAAAGAUUUACGUAAAAAGAAAUGAUUAA